ACAGGCAGGAUAAUCACAUACCUUGUCCAAAAAUGUCUCCCAUUGUCCUUCUUAUUGUGUGUGUCUCUGUUGCUGGAGUCUCUGCUGAUAGUGUAGAUUGUACCCCGGACCAAGAUAAUGGCUGUAGAGCGACCUGUGAUGAUGGAACAACACUGGACAUAUCUAGCCUUUUAUCCUACCCGUACAAGAUUGCAGUAGAUGAUAACAGUGUGGGUCAAUAUUUCACAUAUAGUCCGUGUAGUGGACUUGACUGUGGUGCACUUGAUGAAAUCACUGUUUGUUUGGAUAAUCAAGGUAAUUGUGGGAGUACUCACUCUUCAAUGUGGGCAGUCACUAAAAAAGAUCCCCUUACAUUCACUGUUGAAUACAGCUGUGGAGUUGGGACUUUUUGCACAAGUUCAGCGUUCACAUUUGUGCAGAAUGAUGAUGAAGAAACAAAGGUUGUCUAUACAUCACAAGAAGAUGGUGCAUAUCAAUUUCAAGUGACUGGGAAAUGUGUUGGACAAAUGAAUUGUGUUAAUGAACCAUCUAAUGGCCACAAGAAGAAGAGUGUUAUUGGCCCUGCUGGACUGGUCCUCAUGAUCUUGUUUUUUGCUGCUUUGUUGAUCUAUUUCAUAGCUGGUGCUUUAGUAAUGAAAUAUCACAAAGGAGCAACAGGGAAAGAACUUAUUCCAAACUACCUUUUCUGGUCGGAACUACCAUUUCUUGUUAAAGAUGGCUGUUUAUUUGUUAUUUCUCCUUGCCGCAAAAGAAAAGGCUAUGAAGCAAUAUGAAACAAUCAUCAUCAGCAUCAUCAUCAGCAUCAUCAAUAUCAUUAUUUUUUUAUUUUUAUAUAAAUAUUUUUGUUACUAUAAUUUAUUGUAGACGCUACUCUAAUUUUUAUAGUCUAUAUUACUCUCUACUGUAUACUAAUAAAUUAUGAUCAUGUAAUAUAUUGUUACUAUCAUAACUUUCCAACGUA